CGACCCCGGAAGUGCACGGAGCCCUCGAGCUGCGGCUCUUCACUGGGCGGGCGGCGGCGGCAUGUUCACGGCGGGCGCGGUGAGCCUGCUCCGCCAGGCCAGGGAGAUCCAGGAUGAGGAGUUGCAGAAGUUCUGCUCCCGGGUCAGCAAGCUGCUGCAGGAGGACCCGGGGGCCGAGGCGGUGGACUCCCUGCAGAGGCUCUUCCUCAUCAUCUCGGCCACCAAGUACUCCAGGCGCCUGGACGAGACUUGCUUGGGCCUGCUGCAGGCCACCCUCUGCCUGCCCUCGUGCCCCGAGCAGCUCCAGGUCCUCUGCGCCGCCGUCCUGAGAGAGGGCGCACCCUGCCACCGCCUGGCCCUGUCGUGCGACUCCACCCAGGACGCCCGGCUGCUGAGCCUGGUGGCCUCCGUGCUGCUGGCCCAGGGUCGCCAGGACGAGGUCCGACGCGUGGCCCGGCGUGUUCUGGAACUCCUGGGCGGUCGGCAGCCUGAGGGGCCCAGUCUCCGGCACCUGCUGCCUGUUGUGUCGAAGGUCGUGCGCCUCGCCCCCGGAGUCCUCCACGAAGACCAGGCCGCCCUGCUCAGCCGCAGGCUAGCCGACUGGCUCCGCCAUGCCAGUGUCCAGCCGGGGCCCACGCCGUCCUUAGGAGGCUUCUUCUCCACGCCCAGAGCCCGGCAGCCCGGCCCCAUCACUGAGGUGGAUGGGGCAGUGGCCACGGACUUCUUCACGGUGCUCUCCACGGCCCAGCGCUGCACUGAGGACCAGCGGCUGCAUGUGCAGGCCUUCUCCAUGCUGCGGACCUGGCUGGUGCUCGGCGGUCCCGCACGACCAGACACCCCCGACUCGGAUGAACGAUCGGAGCUGGAGGGCUCCACCACAUCCGUGUUGUCCACGGCCCCCGCCGCCAGCCGCCUGCUGCCCCCCCAGGAGUGGCUCCGAGAGAAGGCCUUCGAGUACUGCCAGCGCCUCAUCGAGCAGAGCAACCGGCGUGCCCUGCGGAAAGGGGAUGCAGAUCUGCAGAAGGCUUGCCUGGUGGAGGCCGUGCUUGUCCUGGACCAGCUGUGCAGGCAGGAGCCAACUUUCCUCUACCGGACCCUGUCCAGCCUCAAGGCCCUGCAUGGGCGGCUGCGAGGGGACCCAGCCCACGCCCAGGCCCUGCUGCCCAUCGCCCAGUUCUUCCUCAACCACAGCGAGGCGGCUGCCGUGGACUCAGAUGCCAUCUGCCAGCACCUGCUCACCUGGGUCCCCGCAGAGCUCUUCCACUGCCCGAUGCUGGCCUUCGAGCUCGUCCAGUUCUGCAGGGACAACCUUCACUUCCUCAGCAGAACCCCCAGCCUCCUCGGGCAGAGCUUCCCCAACCUCCUCAAGCUCCUGGCCUGGCACAGCCCGGCCCUCACUGCUGACUUCCUGGCACUCCUCCCGGCGCUGGUGGACACCCGCACUGCCGUGGAGAUGCUGCAGGCGCUACUGGACCUGCCGUGCCUGACCGCAGCCUUGGACCUGCAGCUUGGGUCAUCGCAGGGCGCAGCAGAAAGGCCCCUCUGGGACGCCUCCCCCAGGACCACCGGCUGCCUGGAGGGCUUCCGCGACCCCCAGUUCCAAGGUCUCUUCCAGUACCUGCUCCGGGCCAGGGCUGGGGGCGCCACAAAGAGGCUGGCUCCACUGCACCAGCUGCUGCAGCCCAUGGCCAGCUGCGCCCGGGUGGCCCACUGCGCCCAGGCCGUCCCCACCUUGCUGCAGGGGUUCUUCGCCGUGGCAGCCCAGUUUGUUGACGGGGCUCUGGCCGACCAGCUAGUGCUGCUGUUGCUGGAGAGAAGCAACUCGCUCUUCCCAGUCCCAGGGUAUGAGGCCCAGGUGCACAGAGUGAUGAGCUCGCAGCUCCUGGCUCUGUGCCGGCUGCGCCCGGCCCUGGUGGUGGACCUGGCCCGAGAGCUCCUCGACUUCGUGGGCAGCGUAGGAAGCGUCUGCAGCAAGGAAAGCGUGUUCACGAGUGUGGUGUGGGCCAUUGGCGAGUACCUGUCGGGGGCCUACAACAGGCGCUGCACCGUGGAGCAGAUCAACAGGCUCUUUGAAGCCCUGGAGGCCCUGCUGUUCGAGCUCACCCAGGCCCGGCCCUCCGCUGCCCUCCCCAGGUGUCCGCCCCGCGUCGCCGCUGUGCUGAUGACCACGCUGACCAAGCUGGCCUCCCGCAGCCAAGACCUGAUCCCCAGGUGCCUGCCUGGAAGCAGGGAUGGGGCCAUACCGCCUCAGGGGCAGAGGACGCGGGGUCUCUCUGCUGCUGUCAAAGCUGAGGGCCCAGAGCCCGGCCGAGCACUGCAGGGAGGACGUGGGUGCCGUGCACACGCGAGCCACGGAGCUGCUGAACCUGCUCAAGAUGCCCAGCGUGGCCCAGUUCGCACUCUCGCCAGGCGCGGAGGUCUGCUGUCCCCGCUACCACCGGGACACAACCACGGCCCUGCCCCUGGCCCUGCGCACGGCCAGCCAGCUGGUGGAGAAGGAGGCUGCCUCCCGGGACCCUGGCUUUUGAGACUGCUGAGUGAUGGGAUGAGAAAGGACCGGCCGGUGCCCGACGUGUGGCCUUCUGCAGGCUGGAGGGAACAGAGGCGUCCGCCAGAUCCCAGCCAGUCCUGUCCCACGUACCGCAGUCUGCAGGGCAUGUCGGCAGCAACGGGCUUCCCUGCCCCCCAGUUCCUGGGCUGCGUGACUGAGAAAUGGGGACUCUGCAGCUCUACUCUCCCACCUGGGAGGUGCCAUGAUGAGGGCCUUGUUCACAGGUGAGGGGCAGGAUUUUCUCACCUUUCGGAGCCAUGCCCCACGGGCUGCCAAGUCCAUUCCUCUGCCCUUCUGGGAGCAUCUGCCCACAGGGGCCGCCGGGCUCGAGUUCGAGCGGGGUGCUGGGGGGUGUGAGCAGGCACGAGGCGUCCGUGGGCACGGGGCCUGCCUGGGCGCUCCCACGGAUGGGUGGUCUUCCUGGAGGGCCCUGGGCCCAGGGAGCCACACCAGGAGGAGGCGAGUGUGCGGGGCCAGCUUCUUGGGUGCCCCUGCUCCUGGGGUCCAGGAGGUCCCCGGAAGCCAGGGUGCAGUGCCGGCCAUCGGGGGCGGCAUGGGCUGGGCCCUGAGAAGGGAGGGGCAGCCCGUGGCUGCAGUGUCCGGGUGCCACCGGCCUCAUGCCCUCACCGGGGCCCCUGCUCAGAGUUGGCACCAGGCCGGGGGGUGCCUCACGGUCCUACCUCCUGGCCCCCCACCCGGCCAGAGGGCUCAGGACUGUCACCCCUUCUGCUCUGAAGGGGCCUCGAUGCCAGCUGGGCCCCUCCCAAUUACAGGGCUCUCUAUGGUGAAAAAUUGGAGAAACCUAUCUUCAGAUUCACCACAUUUAGAAAUAGAGCAGGUAUGCGGUUUUUACUGCAUUUGGGGAGCACGGCUGCAGCUCGGACACAAAACACACCACACCCUGCCUGGAAGCCAAAGGGUGGCUGGGGCGUGGCCCUUGGGAACGAGGGGUGCGAACUCCAGGGCAUGUUGGGCACCUUCCUGCUCCCUGCCCCGUGACUUGAGGCGGAGCUGGGCCUGCAUCCCCCAGACCACCCGCUGGGGGCUGCUGGCCAGCACCCCCAUACCCUCAGGCCCCACCUGGCUCUGCAGCCCCUGCAGGAAGUGGCGGAGGUGGAGGACAUGCUGGUAGAGGCUGUCGUCCACGCAGUCGGCCUCUGGGUCCACCUGGAAGCCUCCACUCGGCAGGACAAUGGGGGGUGGGUUCUCGUAGGACUCCAGGACGGCCUCUGCGGGGGUGCGGGGGUCUGCCUGGGCAGGGCUGGGUGGCUGUACCCAGGGCCCCCCGGGGGAGAGCUUGCUCCCACCUCACAGUGGGCAAAUGGGGGCUCCACCCGGGCCGGUCCCACCAUCUGUAAGUCCUCCGUGCCCUCCCGCUGCCCGCCAAGGCAGGGCUACCUGGCUUGAGGGCGUCGGAGCUCUCCUGGGUGCCCGGCUCCCAGGCGCUCACGGGGCCCAUGGCGGAGGCCAGCUGGUACCGCGUCAGCAGCCGGUGGAGCUGCGCCGGGCUCAGGGCGGGGAAUCUGGUGCGCAGGGCGGCCCAGGGCAUCUGUGCAACGAGAGGCCCCUUAGCGGGGUGCAGGCUCCCCAGAGGUGCGGGGCCAGCACAACCCCCACUCAGGGCC